AGUCAAACAUGAACAACAAUUUUUAUUUAUUGGGAUGAUCAGGAUUGAAUUGUGUAAACACGAACAACCAUUUCUAUUUAUUGGGAUGAUCAUAUGCUAAGAGAAAGGUAUCAAAUCAAAUUCAAUUCAAACCAUGUGUACAUUGGAGAAGAAACCCAACAACAUCUUCAUCCUAACCCUAACCGGCGACGGCGAACACCGCCUCAACCCGACCCUCCUCCACUCCAUCCAAUCCGCCCUCCGCCGCGUCCGCCAAGAAGCCACCGCCUCCUCCGCCCUCAUCACCACCGCACAUGGCAAAUUCUUCUCCAACGGCUACGACAUCGCCUGGGCCCAAUCCAAAGAGGAACAAUUAGAACAACGGAUGAUGAUCAUGGACGACCUCCACCGCUCCAUCGUCUCCGACCUCCUCUCCUUCCCGUUUCCCACCAUCGCCGCCAUCACCGGCCACGCCUCCGCCGCCGGCUACGUCUUCGCCCUCGCGCACGACUACGUCCUCAUGCGCUCCGACCGGGGGUUUCUCUACAUGAGCGAGCUCGACAUCAGUCGCGUCAUCCCGGGCUGGUUCGUCGCCCUCGUCGAGGCCAAGGUCGCCUCGCCGGCGUCACGGCGGCGGAUCGUCAUGCAGGCGGCGAAGCUCACGGCGAAGGAGGCGCUGCGGCUUGGGGUUGUUGACUCGGCGCAUGAUAGCGCCGUGGAGACGGUGGAGGCGGCGGUGGAUCUGGCCGGUGAGUUGGUGAAGAGGGGGUGGGAUGGACACGUGUACGGUGAGAAUCGGAAGAGGUUCCUGGCGAACGUGAUCCGAGCCGUUGAAGACACAAGUGAGAGGAACAAUACUAGAUCGCGUUUAUAGUUUGGGCUUGAUUUGCAUGAAUGAUGACAAACAAUCUUUGGGCUUUAAUUUGUAGCCCUUUUUCUAAUUAUGUUGGGAUGAUUUGAAGUAUAAUAAUAGUUCAUUGUUGUGUAAAAUUGUUUGUGAUGAAUCAAUGAAAAAUCAAUUUUAAAUUUA